AUGGAAACAAUAACAAAAGCCUUAAGGAUUAACCCCCGUCGUUCUUCUGACAAAUCUCUCUACUCAAAACGCGAUCUUGAGAAACCCACCUUCCCGACUAAGAACAAUACAACAAAGCCAAAAGUGUAUAUUCAAAAAGUGACUGACGAGAAAGCACUUGCCAAACAACGAAAAGAUAAAAAGAGCACUUCAGUCACUGUAAAACUUUUGUCACAACGCAGAAAACGGAUAAGUCGAGGUGCAACUGUUAUCAACGCAGAGAUUAUAAACUUAACCCAAUCAAAGGGUCUUCCACCUGAGAGACUCACGAAAGCCAUUGAGUCCGAACUUCCUGAGUACAACCUUGGGGAGUACUUCUCUGCAUUUCCCGAACCACUUUAUAAUAUUCCGAGGAAGUCGCGACACCUUAAGAUCAGUGAAGAUACUCUUAAAGACCUUAAUGAGCGUUUGAAGACUGAAACGUCCAAAGUUGUUCUUUCGUCCACUUCAAAGACGCAAAAAGUGUUUUACGAAUUAGUUGACACUGCUGCCGCCAUUGGCAUUUCGAGAGAACCCAUUUUGGUCUCGUUGUUUUAUAAUUACGGGGUUCUUCCACUCAAUAACUUGUCACGCAGAGCAGCUAAGUUCAUGAACGACUUCAAGAAGUCCGGAGAACACUUUUUGAAAGACAUUCAAAAGAAAUUUGAAGCUGAAAAAGACGAGAGAGACUUGAAGAUACUCAUUCAAAGGUACACUCAAGUGGAUGGGAAUAUUAAGACGAUAGAAGCAAUUAUCAAGUCUUUGAAUAACACAAUACAACUUUUGAAAGAUCCUGAUAGUAAGAUCUGCGUGAUAUCUAAAGAAGGAUAUAAAGAGUUUGUGUAUGACGAGGAGUCGAUUGAAAUGAUCAAUAAGAUCAUUCAAUUGAAAAAUAAACAAAUAGAAGAGCUUAAAAGGCAAAAUUACGCGUUGGUAGAGCACAACGACGAGUUAAAAAGACUCACGAAGUACAAUACACUACAUUACAUUCUUGUGAUGGAAAACAAUGAGCCACGUAUCACCGACUUGGAUAUCAAAGCUUCAUAUUUAGAACACGUGAAUAAAUCUGAAGUGAAAGUUAAACAAAUCGCCAAUGAAAAAGAGUACAAGAAAGACGUGUACAUCCCCAAAGAUAUCAUUGAAAGGUAUUUGCCGAAGUUGAAUGGUAAAGUGAGAGACAAAGUUGACGAAGAGUUCAUUCCGAAAGUCGACGAUGUAAAUGCAGCGAAGAAAAGUUCUGGAAAAAAAGUGGUGAGUCAAGAAGCAUUGGACAUCGCAAAGAAAAAUAUUUAUGAAAUCAGUUUUACAGAUCCAUUCAAAUAUAAACUCUUUAAAAGAACAUUCACUGUAUUUGGAAGAGGAAGAAUAGACAAAGUGCCUUUUAAGAAAGCAAACUACCCACGAAGAGUCGAAAAGUACUUUGGCGCUCUUGUGAUGAAAAAUGCGAAAAAAAUUUAUUUAAAAAAGAUUGAAGAAAACUCCACCGAAUUGAAAUUUAUUCGCCAAGAGGAUGUUAUUGUAGCAACUAAUAACAUCACAACGAAAAUGUUUGAUAUAACAAGAGAGAACUUGAGGACUUUAAUAAGGACGUUGUUCCAAGAUGUUAAUCAUAGAAAUAUCAAGGCCAAAACGUUACACAUUUCUGGGUACGAAAUUGUAGAAAACGUCUAUGAUCAUUAUUCAUAA